AGUUUGCACGGCGCGGCGCGUGCGACGGCGCAUCCCUGCUCCUCGAAGCCGGCUUCGUCCCGGCCGCGGUCGAGGCCUACCACCGCGCCGUGUCUGUGGCGCUCGGUGGCGCCGCGGACGCGCCGCUGACUGUCGAGAAGAUCGACGCCUUCAUGCUCGCUCAGAGCUGUGCCGACGCGCUCGAGAAGGUCAGCUACUGCACGGACCCUCUUUUUUCGGGAAACCCGCACGCGCUAGGGACGUCGCGGGACGCCGUCUGUGGAGAAUAUGCGUCGCUGGGCAUCCUCAGUCCCAUCUCGGUCGUGUUCGCGGCACGCGGCGACUCGCCGCAGCUCGCGAGUCUGCGCGAGGCCACGUUCCGUUUGUUGCGUGAGCUCUUCAUGGGAAUCAGCGACCGUUCGCUGGUCGAUGCGUCGCUGGUCACGGCCCUUGGCGCUUGCCUCGGCGGCGGCGAUGAAAAGGCCGCCGCGAGUGCUGUGUGCGCGCUAUUUUCGCUCGUGGACCUCACCGGCAGGGCCUCGGGCCAGGACCUCACCGACGCGGCCUUACAGGCCUUCUGCACGCCCGAAAUGGUCGGUGCCAUCGUAGACAUGCUGGCGCGCGGGCACGCUGUGGCUUGCGGCCACAUCAUCCAGCUCCUGGUCAAGUCGACGCCGCGACGCGCUGCGCGUUCGCGACAAGGCGCGUCGUCGGCGCGCUCCUACAGGUCGUUUCUCUCGACGGCGCCGCGCUCGCGGCCUAUACGGAGCAGUUGCGCGGCAAAGAGCAAUUUUUUCGUGUAG